AUGGAAGGCCAGGAGGAGAGCACCCAGCCCGAGAACACCGCCGACCAGCAGGAAGAUCUCGAGCCUUCCGGUCUCGAGAACAUUGAGCCCGAAGUCCCCGCCCGCGUCACUUUUCUAGACUGCCUCAAAUCACCUAUCAUUGAGCUCUCCGUCGGCAAGGAUGACGAUAUCACCAUUCUGCACGCUCACCAGCGCCUGCUGGAACAAAGCCCCGUCCUCGAGGGUCAAAUCGCUACCUUCGGAGACGAGAACCGCCGCAUCGAGCUCCCCGACGAAGACCUGACCGCCACAGCCUGCUUCCUCGAAUUCCUCUACAAAGGCGACUACUUCCCCUCCCUCAGCGGCUCCUUCCUCGAAACCGACCCCACCAUCCCCACGCCAGACACCGACGGCGUCGCCCUCCUCCGUCACGCCCGCGUCUACACACUCGCCCAGCGCUUCGGCGUCCCCGCCCUCGCAACCCUCGCCCACAAGAAGAUCCACCUCACCCAGAGCACCGCCCGCGGCGAGAUCGAAUACGCACGUUACGUGUACGGCCACACAAAGACUACGGACGAAAGCAUCCGCAAGCCUGUCGCGGCGUUCUGGGCUACACGCAGUCAUGUGUUGCGUCAUGAGGCGGAAGCAGAGUUCAGGAGCAUGUGUCUCGAAUUCCCGCAAUUCGGUUUCGACGUGUUGAGUUUGGUGCUCGAUAACCAGGAGAAGAGGACCGCGAGAUCCGAGACGACGAUUGGAGGUGGUCGCAAGAGGCCGCGCGUCAGUGCUGUUUAG